GCAAAAUAGAAAGUACUACAUUUUUUUCACGCUAUAUAUUUUAAACAAGUUAAGAUAAUUUAUGCAAGUGUUUGUAUGAACUAUGAAGAAAAUGAAAUUUCAGAGUUCUAAGGCAAUUGUUCUAUUCAUACUUCUCAACAUCCUAUUCUUUACUUGUGCUUCAUCUCACAGUAUCCCAGCAUGGCCAUACUCUCCAUCUCCAAGCGUAAAACAAAAGUGUCCGAAAGAUACUCUUAAAUUUGGGGUAUGUGGUAGCUGGCUUGGUUUGGUUACUGAAGUAAUUGGGACAAAGCCUAGUCCAGAAUGUUGUACCCUAGUAAAGGGCAUUGCUGAUCUUGAGGCUGCAGUGUGUCUAUGCACCGCGCUUAAGGCCAAUGUGCUAGGUGUCGUCAACCUCAAUGCGCCUGUUGCUCUCAGUCUGCUGCUCAAUGGCUGCGGAAAGAAGGUUCCUCAAGGUUUCCAAUGUUAAUAUUAAGGACAUCAUGUGAAGUCCAUUUGUUGUUUGCUUUUAACUCUUUAAUGUCUUUUAGUUUCAGUUCAGAACAAUUCUGUUUCUUAUGUUUGUGAUAUAGUGAAUAAGAUCUAAAAAAGUAAUUGUCGAUUAUUA